CGUUUCAAAAUAUGAGGAGAAGGACGAAGAUUGCCGUUUCAAAACGCCCAUCUCCAAAAACUCUCUCCUUUCCAACCUGGACGACAACACAACAGCGAACCUUCGCGGUCGGCGCACGUAAGCUUACUUUGCCGUUUGAAUUGGACGAAGCCUUAAGGCAAGAUACCGCGUUCGUCAACCGCCAUGGCUAGUCGGUUUUUUCGUCUCUCUAGAAGAAGAAAAUUCUUGGGUGCUCCCUCAACCGCGCAUCUCACGUCCCGGUAUUUCUCUCUAUAUAAAUCCACCUCUCCUCCCUCGUCUCUCUCGCCUUCGUCUUCGCCCGCUCCGAAACGCUUGCAAGAGAAGAGAAGAGAAGAGAAGAGAAGAGAAGAGAGAGAGAUGAGCACUUACUACAACCAGAAUCAUCCGCCGGUCGGCGCCCCUCCCCCGCAAGGGUACCCGAAAGUCGAAGGCUAUCCUCCUCCAGGGUAUCCGGUGCAGGGUUACGCGCCACAGGGGUAUCCUCCGCAGCAAGGAUAUGGCCAGCCGGCCCAGCCCUACUACGAGGAGCAGCGCCGCCGGAAGGACACCGGCUUUCUUGAAGGAUGCUUAGCGGCACUUUGCUGUUGCUGUCUGCUGGAUGCGGUUUUCUGAGGUGGGAUCGAGGCAACGGCGCGGAUUUAGGGAAAAAGAUCGUUCUGGUUUCCAUCUCUGCUGGUUGGACGGCGGAGGAGUUAGUGUCGGGAACUAUCAGGUGAUUUGGCUGUGAUGUCUUUAUUUAUUGAACGAUCUCUGUUGAAUCGUUGAUGUAUAUAUCUGGAGACUAUUGUUACUUUUCUCAUUCACGGAUUAUGAGACAUGUGUCUUUUCUGAGCUCGU